AUGCUCAGCAAGACAAUUGUCGCAGUCCUCUUGGGAUUCGCUUCCUUGACUACUGCUGCGAAAAAGUGCCCCGUCGCCGACGUUUCCGCGAUCGCUCACACCGGCACUCCGGUCGGCGAAGAGAUCUCCUACAACGGACUCACUCAAUACGUCUCGAAGCCUAAGGGGUGGAGUGCACGCGGUAACAAGACAGUCGGUGUGCUGUAUCUGACUGAUGUCUUUGGCAUUCAGUUGGCCGAGAACAAGCUCUUCGCCCGCGCUGGUUACGUUUCCGUCGCCCCGGAUCUGUUCAACGGUAGCCCGGCGCCAAACGACAUCAACCUUCCUGGCUUCAACACAACCCAAUUCCUCGCGCAGCAUGGCCCGAACGUAACCGAUCCUAUUGUUGCCAACUCUAUUAAAUACCUUCGCGAGAAGCUCGGAGUUGACAAGAUUGCCGUUACGGGAUAUUGCUUCGGCGGUCGCUACUCGUUCCGUGUCCUUGCUGAUGGCAAGGGUGCCGAUAUCGGAUUUGCCGCGCACCCAAGUUUGCUCACUGAUGACGAGAUCAACGCCAUUACUGGCCCCGCUAGUGUUGCCGCUGCCGAGACGGACAGUCUCAUGCCUGCUACUCGUCGCGCAGAAAUCGAGGCGCUCCUCGGCCAGACCGGACAGCCGUUCUCCAUUGCGCUGUAUGGAGGCACUUCCCACGGUUUUGCCGUUCGCGCGAACAUCUCGGACCCCAGACAGAAGUUCGGCAAGGAGGAGGCCUUCUUCCAAGCAGUUCGCUUCUUCGACACCUGGGCUUGA